CGGCGGCCUGGAGCUUCUGUGCUUCCUUCCCCAGGGCUGAGCGCGCGGCUGCCGUGCCCUCGGGGGCCCUCCGACUGCGGGAAGCGCUGCGAGCCCGACUACUACCUGGACCGGGACGGCCGCUGCAAGGCCUGUGUGAGCUGCUCUGGAGAGGAUCUUGUGGAGAAGGUGCCGUGCUCGGGGAACUCCUCCCGUGUCUGUGAAUGCCGGACCGGCAUGUUCUGUGCCACAUCAGCCACCAACACCUGUGCCCGCUGCAUCUUCCACUCCAUCUGCGCGACAGGGAUGGUUGUCAGGUUCCAGGGCACGGCAGAGAGGGACACUGUCUGUGAGCCGCCUGCCCCAGCGACCAGCCCUGACUGCAGCACCAGCCCUGAAGCCUGCCAGGCCCCCACCAGCAGCACCCCCCCGCAGGCCAGGCCUCUCCUGACUUCCUCAGCAAGCUCCAGGGCCAGGACCACGCUUCUUGGAGGGGGUGCUCCCCUCACCCCGGAAGAUGAUCCCAAAGUGGCGAGGGCCACCACCUCUCCCUCUGCGCAGAAGCCCCGUCCAGACCUAGGGCUGACUGCGCAGCAGCUGUGCCCACAGGGGUCCUCCGACUGCGGGAAGCAGUGCGAGCCUGACUACUACCUGGACCGGGACGGCCGCUGCAAGGCCUGUGUGAGCUGCUCUGGAGAUGACCUGGUGGAGAAGACUCCUUGCACAUGGAACUCCUCUCGCGUCUGUGAAUGUCGGCCUGGCAUGUUCUGUGCCACCUCAGCCACCAACUCCUGUGCCCGCUGUAUCACCCACCCCGUCUGCCCACCAGGGAUGGUCACCAAACCCCAGGGUACGGCUGAGAGGGCUGCCCCCCGUGAGCUGCCUCCCCCCGAGGCCCACCCUGCGUGCAGCAUCAACCCAGACGACAGCACGGCGCCCACCAGCACCACUGCCUCUCUGGUCCCCACGGCAGACCCCCAGCCCAGUAAGGAGCGUGGGGGGCCCAUCACCCGCGCCUGGGGAGACCCCUCCAUAUCAACAAGCACUCCCAUCUCGUUCUCCUCCACCGGGAAGCCCGUUCUGGUUUCAGGGCCCGUGCUCUUCUGGACGGUCGUGAUCCUGGUGGUGGUCUUGGGCUCCGUCUCCUUCGUCCUGUGCCACCGGAGGGCCUGCAGGAAGUGGAUUCAGCAGACCGACUGCGCUGUCAUUUCAGAGCUGCACCAGUGCUACCCUGUCCAGACCUUCCGGCCCAAGCCGGAGCCUGCGGAUUCCAGGCCCAGGAAGAACCUGAUGCAGCUGGAGAAGAGUAUAUCGGUGGUCGAGUCGGGCCUGGAAGAGGUGGGCUUAACGAGCUCCCCGGCUGUGGACCCCGGCCCCGACGGGGCGGCCUGCCUGGAGAGCGUGCGGCUGCUGGAAGCCAGCCCGGUUGGCAGUCCCCCGUCCCCCAGGGACCUUCCCGAGCCCCGGCUGACCUCGGAGCACACCAACAACAGGAUCGAGAAGAUCUACAUCAUGAAGGCUGACACCGUGAUUGUGGGGACCGUCAGGACCGAGGGGCCUGAGGGCCGUGGCCUGGUGGGGCCGGCAGGGCCUGAGUUCGAGGAGGAUCUGGAAGUGGACCAUGCCCCCCACUUCCCGGAGCAGGAGACAGAACCACCUCUGGGCAGCUGUGGGGACGUCAUGUUCUCAGUAGAAGAGGAAGGAAAGGAGGCCCCCUUGCCCAUGACCGUCUCUGAGAAAUGAAGCCUGGCCUGGGUUGGGGCUGAGAGGACAGCAGGGUGCCCCCUGGGAGGCCAGGGUGGCAUCCGUGGCACCAGGGUGGGGGACAGAGGCCCAUGUGGCCCCAACUGAGGUUCCAACAUCCAGGGGUAGAGCUGCCCGGAGCCAGGGGGUCCUGGGGUCUCUAGUCAUGUCCCCAGCCUGGACCCUGGGGGAGCCUGGGCUUUUGCAGGAGGGACCAUCUGGGGCUGGGGCUGCGGCUGCGGCCAGCCAGCGGGCACUGGCACCUGGUCCUGCCACUGCUGGGAAGAUGCCCUCGGAGCCCUGUGUUCCAGACACACCACCAGGGCCAGGGCAGGGCCCGAGAAGCACGGGCCUCAGCGCUUGCCACUCUCACCUGGGCCAUGGGAGCGAUGCCCCCUGACCCUGCUGUCCUGCCGCUGGCCCCCAGUCACUGGAGGCCUGGAAUGUGGGCGUGAACCAGCGCCGUAGGUGGCUUCUCCUGAGUCCACAGGGAAGUUGGGGCUGAGGCAUCAUUGGCUGCCCCGUGUUGGCCACAGCUGCGGUGCUGCCCUGGGUGCCCCGGGUCGGGGUGAGGCCCAGGCCGGCCCCCAGCCCUCCCCUGUUCUGUGGCCCCCAGCUCACCGUGGGGCCCAGGGUCGACUGGCUUGACUCAUGGCACCCCCACCAGCCCCCUGGGGAGGCGUCUUGGGACCCAGAUGCAUGCAGACUCUCAGCAGCCAGGACCUGCCCCCGCGGUGGGGGAGCCCCGGCCUUUCCUGGGGCCCUGCCGGCUCCGUGGCAUCCCCGCUGCGUCCCCAGAUUUGCCAUGUGCACAGCCCGGGGCCCAGCCCUGCCGCCGGGGCCCCGCCACUCAGUGCCCGUGGCUGGGGUGCGGGUGUCAGGGCAACGUGGCUUCGCCCUGUCCUUCGGCCUUAGUCUGGAUUCUCAGAAGAGCAAGUGCUCCUGUGUGGACCUGAGGCCUCCUCGCAUUUCACACCCAGGAGGAAAGCGCUGUGACGUGGGGCUGCCGGCCCGCGUAGGGACGGCGUGGACACGGCCCGGGAGCAGCCUGAGCCACCGGAGGAUGCCGCACCCCGCCGAGCUGGGUUCCGGACAUGGGCCCGGGCUGUGAGGGGCGGGAUGAAGCGCCCCUCCCUCCAAAGGCCCCUCGUGGAACUUCCGAUCCUCUGAAGCUUGAUCCUCGGAAAACUUGGAAGGCCCUUAAGGACCCCAUGGUUUCAGGACGCUCUGAGGUUGAGACUGAACAUGUGGGCACGAAGGCUCCGGGCCUGCCUCCCCGUGGGGUGGGCUCCCUGGUCCCCCACCGACUGGAGUGGCAGCGUCUGAACUCCGUGCGCCGAGUCGGGGUGAGCCCCCCUCAGCCCUGCGAGGGCCAAGUGCCACCCUCCGGGCCCUCCCCCGUUCUGUGGCCCCCACGGUGGGCAGGGGGCUCAGGGUCGGCUGGCCUGGCUCUCGGCGUCCCCACCUGCUCCCUCUGUGGGUGGCCUCCCAGGGCCGAUGUGUGCAGAGCCUGCUGCCUGCCCGCGGCGUUAGCACCGCUGGGGGACCUUGAAAAUAAAGCCUGUCGUGCCGUAA